AUGCUCAAGCUGCCCUUCACAAUGCUCAAGCUCCAACGUACCCUUGAUUCCAAAGGGGACAAGGGCACAGGCGCAGGAACCCUUGAGCAGGAAGAAAUCAUCAGGUUCCUGGGAAGACUCCUGAACAAAUGGGCCGCACCCAAAGGCAAAGCAAAUUGCCCAAGCUGGGAUGCAAACAAGCCAGAAUCCAUUCCCCCAAUAGCUUGCAGCCCUACACCAAUGAUACCAACCAAUCUACCUCCCCCAGCGCCAGAGCCGCCAAUUGAUUACCAACUACUGAGGGACCUAGAAUACCAUGCAGACCAACUAGUGGAACAAAUGGGGGAGACUAUGCAGGCCGUGGACAAUAUCCUAAGGGCAACAAGGGACCUGGAGAUUGCUGAACUCACUAUCCCUCAAAACAACAAAAUCCUUGCCUUUGCCGCAUCCUACCCACCACAUGUCAUCCAGGCUUACCAAGAAGCAUGGCAACUCACACAAGAAUACAACAGCAGCUUUGGAUUUGGACUCAGUACAGGACUUGGAGCUACAACCCUUGGACCUUCAGACGGGUCUAUGGAGGAUCAUCAGUUACAAGUGUUCAACAACUCAAGCAAACAAGCAUCCAUUACAGCUCCCAAUACCCCAUCAACCAUCCAAGGAGACUUACUGCAAGGUAGCCACCAUUGCCUGCAUAGUGGACUCUCUAUUCCCAUCCCCAUUGAGCAGCUUGCCAUUGGAGACUCCAAGAUGCUUGACGCCAAGCCUAUUGGUACCCAAACGCCUACCAACCCUGGACUUCAACCCACACCCAAGCUUGUCCCUAACCAAUCUGGAUCAGUUGAAACAACCUCCAAGGAAAAACAGUUGGGAGGAACUGAAACACAAGACCCAGGAGCUUGUAGGGAAGGGGAAGGAGAAGCUUUCAGGAAGGAUAAGGAAGGAACCAGGCACAGAGGAGAAGGAGUCAAGCAAGGACCACAAGUAAUGGAAGUUACUGACAAAUUUACUACUCAGGUCAAUAAGGAGACAUAG